GGAGCUUUAAACAGUUCUAUUUGUUGAGAAAUAGCCAGUCUGUCUGUCUCACUGCAGCAGAAAUGGCAGAAGCAAAUAUUCUGGUAGGGGAGGAGCAGUUUAGCUGUCCAGUGUGUCUGGAGAUAUUGAAGGACCCAGUCACUACAGCAUGUGGACACUGUUACUGUAUGGGAUGUAUUAAGAACUACUGGGAUCAGACUGAUCAUACAGGUGUCUACAGCUGCCCCCAGUGCAGAGAGACCUUUACCCCAAGGCCUGUUCUGCGCAGAAACACCAUGCUGGCUGAAGUUGUGGAGAAAUUAAAGCAGACAGGACUCAAUCCUCCUCCUGCUCAAAGUUAUGCUGGACCUGGAGAUGUGCCGUGUGAUUUCUGCACUGGAAGAAAGUUCAAAGCUGUGAAAUCCUGUUUGACGUGCCUGGCCUCUUACUGUGAAACACACGUCAAGCCACACUAUGAGGGGACUGCUUUCAAGAGGCACAAGCUGAUCAAUGCAAUUGGAAAUCUGGAGCAGAAGCUUUGUGCUGAACACCAAAAGGUUUUGGAGGUCUUCUGUAGAACGGAUCAGACGUGUAUUUGCUUGUUGUGUUCAGAUCAGGAACACAAGAGUCAUGAUACAGUCUCAGCUGAGACAGAAAGGACUGGAAAACAGAAGCAGCUGGGAGAGACACAGACAGAAAUACAACAGAGAAUCCAGGAGAGACUGAAAGAAGUGGAGGAUCUGAAACAGGCUGUGGAGUCACUGAAAAGAUCUGCACGGAGAGAAAUGCAGGAAAGUGAGAAGAUCUUUUCUGAGCUGAUCCGAUACAUUGAGAAAAUCCACACUGAGGUCAUUGAGCUGAUUGGAGCUAACAAGAAGGUUGCAGUGAAUGAAGCUGAAGGACGCAUGAAGAAACUGGAGCACGAGAUUGCUGAGCUAAGGAGGAGAAACGCUGAGCUGAAACAGCUUUCAGAGACAGAGGAUCACAUCCAUUUUCUACAGAAUUUCCAGUCUCUCUGUGCCCCUCUUGAAGCUGGAAACUUACCCAGCAUUACUGUCAAUACAGACAUCUCUUUUGGGGCUGUGAGGAAAGCUGUAUCUGAACUUAAAAGCCAUAUUGAGGACUUCUGUAAGGGGGAAUUAGUCAAAAUAAACAAAACAGUGAAUGAAACAGCAGUUUAUACCCUGGGGUCUAGGAGCAGUGACAGGUGUUUAAAAGUGAAUGAAGUUGCAGUUUACAGUCUGCAGGCUCCAGAGCCAAGGAACAGAGCUGAGUUUUUAAAAUAUUCCUGUCAGCUCACACUGGACCCCAACACAGCGAAUAGAAAGCUCUUCCUGUCUGAAGGGAACAGAAAGGUUACACGGAGGAGUGAGACCCAGCCAUAUCCCGAUCACCCAGAGAGAUUUGACAGCAAGGCCCAAGUGCUAUGCAGAGAGUGUUUGUCUGGGACUCGCUGUUAUUGGGAGAUUGAGUGGAAUAAGGAAUGGGUUUCUAUAGGAGUCACAUAUAAAGGAAUCAGCAGGAAAGGAGAUCGUUCCUGUCUCUUUGGAUACAAUGACAAGUCCUGGAGUUUGCACUGCUCUGGUUCCAGAUACUCUGCCUGGCACAAUAGCAAUGAAAGUUUAGUAGCUGCCCCCCACUCCCCCAGAAUAGGAGUGUAUCUGGACUUUAAUGCCGGUACUCUGUCAUUUUAUGGCGUCUCUGACACAAUGACCCUCCUGCACAGAUUCCAAACCACAUUCACUGAGCCUCUCUAUCCUGGGUUUAGACUUCACUGGCAUUCUGAUUCCACUGUAGCAAUCUGCCAGCUGAACUAGACUGUUUUGUGUUUUAAGAAAACCUUUGUAUUGAACCUUUGUAUUGUCUGUCCUCUCCACUCUUCGGGUGCAGGGAAUGUUCAAUCUGACAUUGUCUGUGUGGAUCCAUUGUGUAAAAUCAAGCAGUCAAUCUGGAAGAUCAAUACAGUGUGUUGUUAUCUCCACAAGCCCUCUUUCUGUAUCUCUCCUCCUCUUCUCUCCUCUCUUUCUUUCUUUCUAGAGUUGUAAACAUAAUUGGACAUUAUGGGUGUUGGGCAACCAUGGAUGCAGUCAGAGGGCAUAGUUUACGAAAGGUCACUACAUUUGGAGUUAGCGCUCAUGUAAAGUAGUGAGCCUAACCUGUGUGAUAAAUCUAAAUAUAGUGCCCCAUUUAUUAACAGCGAAUGCAUUAAUUUAUGUGGACAGUAUUUGGCUCAUUUAUAUAACAUACCAUGCAUGCUACAUGGAUUGUGAGCGAUAAUUUAAUGUGCAUGAUAAUGUCAGAGACUUACCCAUGACCACUGUCAUAUCAAAAGCCCUAGCAGUCCAGGCGUAUCUUUUGAUCAGUAGCUUAUUGUGAAGGUGGUGGUGGCUUACAUUGAUAAAAAAUGAGCGAUCAACAGACACAGCACUCAGCAGCAGGACAGGCAGAGGUGGCAUAAUGUGAAACUGCACUGCACACCUUUUAAUUUGAACAUGUAUUCAUUGUCUGAUGUAAAGAAAAAGCCUGUUUCCUUUCUCCUUUAAUGCAUAUACAAUAAAAGUUGUGUUGUGAA